AUGCCUUCCCGGAACGACGAGGAAACGAGCUCGGAGGAGGAGUGCGAGGUCGUCAGCAUGGACAUGGGACUGAUGGAGGAACCAGACACCAUUGUGGAGCCCCUUUUCUCUGGCCAACUUGAGCUUUCUGAACCCAAGUGCAUUCUGCACCAAAUGAGGCAUGUUAAGCGUGUAGCUUUUGAAGGCACUGUAACAGGAAGGCGUUUCUAUGGCUGCCCAGUCCAGGUUGAUGGGCCCUGGCCUCCAGUUCUUCAGAGAUGUUUGUCCAAGCUAUGGGAAAUGUUCCAUGCCCAGAACUGUGGAAGGGUACUUGACAAGGAAAAGUUUGAGAAGGAGUUGGCCAAGGUUAAGAGUGAACAUGAAAGGGAGUUGGCCAAGCUUAAAAUGGAAAAUGACAAGCUUUGCAUUGAGUACACCAAGCUUUGCAUUGAGUACACCAAGCUUGUUGAUGAUGUAUCCAAGAUGUUUGAUUGGCAGGAUGGUAGGGUGGACAAGAGGGUGUACCAGAAACAAGUGGAGGAGGAAGAACUUGAGAAGAAGGAGUUAGAGGAGAAAGCUAUGUUGGAGGUGCGGAUGGAAAAGCUCAAACUUGCAAAAGAGCAGAGGUGCAUUUUGCAGAGCCAAGCUGAUAUCAUCAAGAACACCAGGAAGGCUAUGAAGGAUGUUGAAGUUGACAGAGAUGUUCUUAAGAAGGAGAAGGAAAAGCUUGAGCUUGUUGUUGCUGAGCUGCUGAAAGAUGGAUAUGGCAGCAAGGAGAAGUUAGAGCAAAUCAAGGUCAUCCUUGAGUCAUGA